AUGUCGACUAGUAGCGGUAAGAUCGAAAACGGUUCUGUUGAGGUGCAUAGAUCAGAUUCAACCAUGAACUACAAGCCUUUAAAACCAUUUCAAGUCAAAUCUUCUCUCGUUCGCGAGUGUUUUGCCGAAUUUCUAGGCACGAUGGUGUUGAUCAUGUUCGGUGAUGGUGCCGUUGCUCAAGUCGUGCUGGGGGAGGGCACGAAAGGCGAUUAUAUCAACAUCACCUUGUGCUGGGGUCUCGGUGUGUUCUUUGGUAUCCACAUUUCUGGUGGAGUCUCGGGUGCCCAUUUGAAUCCAGCAGUUACUACAACCCUGGCAUGUUUUGGUCGUAUGAAGUGGAAUAAGGUUCCAUACUACAUCAUCUCGCAACUCCUUGGUGCUUUCGCUGCGGCAUUUGUUGUGUGGGGAGUGUAUUACCCAAUGUUCGACGUGAUAGACCCCGAGAAGACGUCAACCGGAGCUGUAUUUGCAACAUACCCAUACAGUGACGAUAUUCCAGUUUUCACAUGCUUUCUGACAGAGGUUGUUGGCUCAGCAUUACUCAUGGGUUGCAUUUUUGCUAUCGGUGACCCGCUUAACAAACCUGCUAGUCCGUAUUCACAGCCCACUGCAGUGGCUCUAGUGGUCGUGGCCAUUGGUAUGGCAUUUGGUAUGAAUUCUGGCUUUGCUAUCAAUCCCGCGCGUGACUUUGGCCCUCGUCUGUUUACCUAUUGUGCGGGAUGGGGAUCGAGAGUUUUCACCUUUCGCGACUCCUACUUUUGGGUUCCUAUCUUCGGUCCACUUCUUGGUGGACCCAUAGGCGCUGGAAUUUAUGUAGGUCUCAUUGAGCACCAUCAUCGCCCCAUUGUCUUUCCAAAAUCGGUAGCAGACACCGUAUACUGGAGGUUCUUCAAUCAGCUCAAAACUACAAGGGUGUGUGAGGAGGAGUACCCGAAACAAUAG